CGCGCGGUCACCUGUGUCGCACGUCCUCAGUCGCAAAGCGGCCGCGUCGCGCGCCACCCGCUUCGCAUUACGCGCGUUGUAUUAUGACAGUGACGUGAUGGAAGGCAAAGAGUUCGGUGCGGUUCCCGGCUUGCCGGCCGGCCUGGACUAUUUCAUGAUGCCGCGAGUGAGCCAGCCCGCGCCCCACUUCGACUUCAGAAAGCUCGGCGCCAGCUUCAGCGGGCGCGAGGAGGAGCGCGACGAGCAGCGCGAGUACCCGGCGGAGCGGCGCGACCCGCCGCCGGCGCCGUGGCCGCUCGGGCUCGGCGUGCAGUUCGUCAACCCCGCCACCGGCAAGAAGAGGGUGCAGUGCAACGUCUGCCUCAAGACUUUCUGUGAUAAAGGCGCGCUAAAAAUACAUUUCUCCGCGGUGCACCUGCGGGAGAUGCACAAGUGUACGGUGGAGGGGUGCACCAUGAUGUUCAGUUCGCGCCGCUCGAGGAACCGGCACAGUGCCAACCCGAAUCCGAAGCUGCAUUCGCCGCACGUCAGGCGUAAGAUCUCCGCACACGACGGUAGGUCCGCGCAACCGUUCCCGCUGCUACCGGCGCUGGCGCGGCUGCCUCUGCCGCCGCCGGCGCUGCUGCCGCCCGAAUUAGCGGCGCGCUUGCCGCCCCCAUUGUCUGGCCCACCCGGGCCCGCGCCGCUGCCGCCCAGGGUGCCCCUCGACGAUCUGCGCAACUUUAGUGAAAUUGAAAAAAUGUAUAGAAAAAUUCCACCACCCGAUGAACCUUCCCGCAAUAUAUUAGACUUAGCCAAAUCUGUGAAUAAUGAAGAUGAGUCAAAUAACUGCAGUGAAAACAAUGAUAUCGGUUCCGAUGACGAGGACAAAGAUAGAUGUGACGAUAGCAUCGACACUUCUCUCGUUCAAAGGUUGCAUUAUAACGAUGAACCCGAGGACUUGAGCGUAAACAAAAACAGAGAAGACGUCAAGGUGACCAGUGCACAGCCAGAUAAUAACGGAAACCGCGUCGACCCCACCGUCUCAGAUGACAAAACAUUACUCGUUCCUAACAAGCGUAAAAGAAAAAGUGGCAAUCCUACUAGGUGUUCCCAAAGUAACGAGUAUUCAGCCUCUGACGAGGAAUACCAGGCAGAUUUGUUUAGAAAUAUUUCGACGCCUGGCUCCAGUCGGCCGGAUGACGAACCGCUCUCCCUCAAAAAACAGAAACCUGAGAAGAUGGAGACAUUUCAGAACGGUGAGGAUGCAACUGUGGAGCCGGAGGUGACGCGAGUGAAGGCAGAGAGUGAGUCUGACGACGAGUCGAGUGCGCCGAGUGUCGUUCGCGAGGGAUUGCGACUGCGGUCGGAUCUGUACACGCCGAGCGACAGCGGUAGCGACUUGCACGCGAUGGAGGAGAGGCUCGCGAGGGCGCGCUCCCCCUCCGCCAGCAGCGACCGCACCGACGAGCGCGACAUUAACGACAUAGAAAUCCCCAUAGACGAUGAGAACCCGGACCGGUGCACCGCCUGCGGUAAAGUGUUUCAGAACCACUUCACACUUCGCAUGCACUAUAGAAACAAUCACCUUAAACUGCUUCACCCGUGUGACGUCAACGGCUGUGACGCCGCGUUCCCCUCGCGGAGGAGUCGAGACAGACACAGUUCGAACGUGGACCUGCAUCGAAGGCUCCUGUCCACCACCUUACCGGAGGGACGAGAUCAGAGGCCCGCCUUCGAAGUCAACGCGGAAUUACUGAAUAAAUUAUACGCAGACAUCAAAGGUCUAGCGUCAACUCUAGAGAGCUUACGGUACGGGGGCAACGAAGAAGUGACACAGUUGCCGAGCUACGUGACGGAAACCAUGAAGUUCUAUAGUAGAAAUUUAAGCGCAUUGCAGGCGGGCCUGUUCCCUCAAUUUACUGAGCGAGGUUUUUUUCCGUCCCCCUUCCUGAUGGGUAACGGCGCGCCGCAAGCGGGAGGUCCGUACGGCGCGGCGGCGGGAGCGCAGUCGGCGCGGGAGUCGCUGUCACCGCUGUCGGCGUCUUCGCCGCCGGUGCUGUCGCCGGGGCGGCUAGACGCGGCGCACGCGCGGCCCCGCGACGAUGCCAAGCUGCUUUUUCGCGAGAGCUCAGAGACGUUCAAGAAGAUGACUUCGCUGUGCGAGCGGCAGGAGCAGCUGUACCAGCACCACGUGCCGGUGUCAUGACGCGGCCGCCUGCCGCGCUCGCCCUGGUGAUACCUCACCUCGUGAACAUACGGCGCAAUACAGACUCUCUAUUUAAUUGUUAAUAAUAUUAAUUAUUGUGUUAAUUCUAUGUAUUUCGUUUUGUAUUUUUCUUGUGAUAUUUAGACAAAUAUUAUGGUAAUAAUCGAUCCCACGAACUGUAAGUUAAUAGGGAUAGUACAGCUUGGGUGUUCACCGCUCGGUCGGCGUGAUGCGUUGUGAAGCGAAGUGCAAUACGGACUCGGAUAUUAUAAAUAUUAAUGGACUGGCCGUACGGCAUGAUACCGCGUAGAGUAUUCGUAAUCGAUGUUGAAAGUAAACGUUAUAAUGAUCAGCUUCAUUUAUUGUUCUGGCGCAAUAAACUCAUUGAGGAAAAAACCAA